AUGGAUAAUAGUCAUGACAGUCAUGAUCGACCUCCAGAGAAAGCUUCCAAGCAGCUCGCUGGGUUCAAGCCCGUAACCCCCAAGAUCUUCCUAUAUGAGCCUGCGUCCCAGCCAUAUUCUUCGGAGCAAAGUCCCUCCUCCGUCCCUCCUCCGACCACGAUCGUCAUCUUUGCCUUUGCCGAUGGACAGCUGCGUCACCUUGUCAGAUUCACGGAGGAAUAUAAGAGAUUCUACCCUGCUGCAAGGAUCAUCGUCGUGUUGUCCACGUCGCAAGAGUUGAUAUUCAACUCUAGACGGACCGCUAUCGCUGCGAUGUCGCCCGUUGUUGCGCUGCUGUCGCCAUCGUCACCGUCGUCAUCAUCAUCUCAUACAGAAGACAAGGAAGCCAACCCGAGCGACAGGAAAGAGUUCUCAUCCACGUUCUUUCGGGCGGCGGCCUCGUCAACUUCGAAGCCACCUGCGCGGUGUAUUACGCGGUGUUUGAGGGCACUUCGUGACGGAGGCCGGGCGAUGGGCUCGCGCUAUGUCGGUCGGGAUCCUGACCGCGUUCCCGAUCACCCGGCUACCCGGGAUACAGACCCUCGUGCAGCUCACAUGCCAGAUGUGGCUGAUAGCGACGGUGGGAGUCCCAGAGCUGCUGCUGGGACGGGCGAACUCCCUGUCGCUCGCCAGACGAUCGCUCAACAGCAACAGACACCUGAUCGACCCCGCGGCGGAACGACUGUACAUCUAUUCCGUGUCCGACAAGAUCUGUCCCUGGGAGGAGAUCGAGAGCCAUGCUGCAGAAGCCGAGGAGCGUGGGUCAGCGGUGCGCAGGGUCAAGUUCGACGAAUCCUCCCAUGUGGCUCACGUGAAGCGAUAUCCACGGGAACACUGGCAGGCUGUGACGGAGGCCUAGCAGGAUGUUGUGGUCAAGGCCAAGAUCUAGACUGCCAAUAA